AUAAGAAAAUUAAACAAAAUGUAUUUAUUUACUGGGUUGUAAUUUUGACUGUUGUGAUCUCACAUACUGUUCAGGCUGUGCAACUCCCUUUGCAGUGAACGGUAUUAAGCCCCUCCUCUUGUUGGAAAACAAAAGGAGAAGAAAUCAAAUUUCUUGAUUUCCUCUGGUGACCAACAACAUCCCCUUCCUGUCGUCUUACGCACCACGUCUUACAUGAAACUCUUGUGCAGCACAGUUGCGUAAUAGCUUGGUAAUGGAGGAAAUCGGGUCAACUGUGGCAGAGAAACCAACAGGAGAAAAUGAGAAUCAGAAGUUAGAUGAGUCUCUGUUGUUGUCCAGCAAACCUCUGCACCGUUUUGUCCGAAAACAACCCAGAAGCUUUGGGAUUGUGAUUCUGAUGUUUGGUUUUGCUGAGGUUGUGAUGGGAUGUGCAAUGGCUGAUAAUGUCAUGGAAAACUCAUUCAAAAUAUAUAUUCCCUUCUGGCAAGGAACUCUGUUCAUUACAUGUGGAGUCCUGUCUAUCUACACUGAGUUACGUCCGUCCAAGAAGAUGGUGACCGUAUCCCUGGCCAUGUAUGUGGUCUCUCUGUUGGGCAUUAUUGUCAGCAUUAUACGAAGGAUAGGCUUAAUCGUUUUCUACACAUGGCAUUUAACCCACUACCAAGUGGUGCUAUUUCUUUGGGUGGAAGGAAUCUUGUUUGCAUCUUCUCUACUUGUAUUAGCAUUUCUCAUCUUCUUGAGCGCCAUCGCAGGUUAUGCAUUAAGAUCUACGAGAAGUCAGAUUAUUGUCCAGCACUUUGUGAUGCAUCCUCAGAGUGAACAAAAAUCGAACUAGGACCAAUGUUCUUCAAUACUAUUCUACAAUCACCCAACACUGUUUUGUUCAUUUUAGAUGUUUUCAUCAAUUAUGUCAUACACUGUAUAUGUUUCACACGUAUUUCAAACUGCUAGGCAACAUGAGAUAAAUAUCUUCUGAGCGUUAUAUUUUAAUUGCUGAAGAGGUCACAUGGUGCAAAUCAGUUUUUAAAUAAAAAGUGACAAACUCCUUACUCCUCAUUUAAUGUGAUGUAUAUCGAGUAUUCAUACUCCUUAAACAUUUCUGUAAUAAGUCACACUAAAAAUUCAACAUCCAAUGUACUGAAUUGGGUUUUCUUUUUUAAAUGAACAUAAACAAAGUAACACACAACUCUGAACGGAACCAGCGUUGUACAUUUAGAGCCAGAGUUGCAUACUUUGUGUAAAAAGACACCAUCUCAGUCUAUGAAGAAGGUGAAUUAACUGACUGUCUGUGAACAUAGAUUGUCAAGUUUUACUUCAGAUUCCUAGUUGGAUUAGGUCAGAACAUUUGGCCGUUCUUGCACAUCAAUAUCUUUUGGUAAAAUCCAUUCUAUUGUAGCCAUAGCUGUAUAUUAGAGUGGGUGUUGGAAGGGAAGGUGGCUUCGUAUUUAAUUACAUCAAUAUUACCAUCAACUUUUAUCAUCUUCCCUGACUACUAGUUGUCUUUUGAACUUGAGCUGUAGAUAUCUGAAUCUUCUUCAUAGUUACCAGUUUUGAUGGACAGCCAUAUUUUGGUUGCUUUCUUUCCAUUUUUAGGGAUAUGAAGGUGGACUCAUUGAAAAUUAGGUCAUUUCUGAAAAAAGCUAGUUCUUUUGGAUUUUAUUGAAGGUUUAAAAGUCGGGUAUCUUCUUCCACAUUCUAAUUAUGCAUAGCAUUGUGUUAUGUUGGCCAUUCUUUUUGCUACCAUCAUGGCUACCAUCUUUUUUCUUUGGCUUUUGGCACAAUCUGAGAUGUUUCACUUUGUUUUAUUGUGUUUGUAUAUUGAUUUUAUAUUCAAUCUUUUCUAUUUUAUAAUUGCAUUGUAUUUUCUGAUUGUACAUAGCACUUUGGUCCUGUCGGUGUAUUAAGUGCUUCAUGAAUAAAGUUGGUACGGUAUGUUGAUAUAUCACAAAUAAUACAAAAUAAACAGAGGCUUAUGGUUGUAACAUGCCAAAAACCUAAGAAGGUUCAAGGGGUAUAAAUACUCUUGGAAGAGGAAGUUAAUCCCAGAUGAGAUUUUUACAGCACCUGCACCAAGUUAGAAAAAUGAAACUUUUUCAUUGUAUCAAAAUUUAACCUGCAAAAUUAUCAUGUCAGUAAUAUCAGAUUAACAAUAUAUUUUCUUUUAUUAAAUAUUAUUAGUUAAGUGUUUAUUCACUGCUGUUAACCACUUGCUUUAGUUUUUAAUCAUGCAAAAAUUUGAACAACUGGUAUGGUGACCAGCCUCACAUUUUUAAUCAGAUUAUUUUUGUUUUAACUGUGAAUUAACUUUAUUGCAUUAACUGACUUUGAAAUUUUUGCUUAAAUAAAUUUGGCUUACAAGUACACAAAUGUAUAAAAAAUAAAUAAAUGAAAUAAAAUAUG